AUGUUUCAGCCGGAUGAUUUUUUUGCUCCACCUGCCCCACCGCAGAAGCCGCAAGAACAGCCGCAGCAACCACAGCAGCGAAAAGAGAAGUCGGCGGACAAAGCUCAGAACAAAAGCAAAGAAGGUGAGUUCUGUACACCCAGGGCGAAUGAUGACCCGAUUUCAACUGAAGCCAUUUAUCCUUGUCAGGCUGACUUCCGUGGGCCAAGCGCCAAUGGUAUGCCCACUGAUACUGCGACGUUACGCAAAAAUCGCCGCGUGCGACGAAUGCUGCGUAACCUAGUUUCGACGGAUGCGCUGAACGGAGCCCACCCUACACCACCAGCGCAGGAUCCACAACCAGUUUACGGUAAAAAAGAUGCCAAGACGAAGUCGAAAGACGGACGGAAAAUUGCGGGACAGAGUAGCAAAGGAAGUCCAUCUGGAAGUUCAACGGGGUCAAACACAAGUGGCUAUGUCUUACUGAUAGUGGUUGUCCUACUGUUAUUCUGCACGCUGAUAUUCACAGCAGUUGUGGUACUGCAUCUAUACGCACUCCUGACUUUUAUCCCUGCUCUGCUACCACCUGAAAAUUGCAAAACUGCUCGAUAG